CUCUCGACGGUCGGCCUCACGCCGCUCAUGCUCGCCGUCUUUGUCGGCGCGGCGCAGAACAUCGUGUCGAAGGCGGCAAAGUACUCCCUCUUCGACCCGUGCAAGGAGAUGGCCUACAUCCCCCUCGACGCCGAGGAGAAGACCAAGGGCAAGGCCGCCGUCGACGUCAUCGGCGGGCCGCUCGGCAAGUCGGGCGGGAGCCUCGUGCAGCAGCUGCUCAUCUUUGGCUUCGGCUCGCUCGCCGCGUCGACGCCCUACCUCGCCGUCAUCCUCGGCGGCAUCAUCUUCGCCUGGAUGGGCGCGGCGCGCUCGCUCUCCGGCCAGUUUGACGCCGCCAUGCAGCAGCAGCAGGCGGCAGAGGGCUCGCCGGAGGCGGCGGCCGACACGUCGGCAAAGGCAAAGGCGAGAUGAUUCGCCGCUCCCCACGGACGCUCUCCGCACGGAUGAGCCUCUGUACCCUCCCCCGCCCCCUCGCCGAUAUGGCAGACCAAAUGUCACGGUACUGAGGUGUCAGGUAUGUUACCCGCGUGGCUGAGACCAGAGCUCUCGGCCGCGAGGGUGUGCGUGGCGUGUGCGUGUACGGCAGUACCCCUGUGCGUGCGUGUGCACACUCUACAGUAUGGAGCAGAUAUGUACUC